AUGAAGUGCACGAUUGGAUUAAUAUUCCUAUUUCUACCAAUUGUCCUAAGUCUGGAUGACAUGGACAUGAAGUUUACUGUAAACUAUUUCAAAAUGAGAUAUAUCAAAACAUUAUGUCUAUUGGAUUGCAAAAACAAUACAUGGAGCAAGAAAUUGACGAAAUAUGCUAACGCACAGAUGAUUUCAGUAUUGAAUGUACAAAUAGGCAAAACAUUGAAUUACGGCUUUAUAGAUGUUUGCUUAGAACAAAGGCUGCCUUCGAUUGGAGUGUUCAUAGACACGAAUUGUGCACUCUAUGAAAACAUACUUGUCUAUGCAUCUGAAAAUACACGUUUCGACUCGCGACACAAAUGGCUUUUAAUUGAUCAUAACAAGAAUAGUUCCAGUUUAGAAAUAAAUGACGAUAUUCUGGAAGCUCUUAAUCAUCUGAAUUUAAGCCUGAAUGCUGAUAUUGUAAUUGGAAAAUCUAUGGGAUCUACCGUGUACAAACUCUAUGAUAUUUAUAAUUUCGGAAAACUGCAAGGCGGUGAGUUAAUAGCAGACGAGCUUGGAACCUGGUACAUAUAUUCAGGAGUUGAUGACAAAUUAAAAAUAAACGACUAUAAGUACUAUCGCCGAUGGAAUUUCCAACAAAUACCUUUGAAAUUAAUAACAGUGAUGUCCAAACCUCCAAAAGAGUUUGAUCCCAAAAUAAUAGCAGACACAAAACCAAACGCAAACAUACCAGUUAUUACGAUAACUGGUAACAUAAUUCUGAAUGUUAUAGCUGAAAUACACAAUUUCAGAUUUAUAUACACAAUAACCGACAGGUGGCUUGGUGAUUUUAGCAGAAACAGCUCUAAGGUAGUUGCGAGCUCUCUGUACUUCCGAACCCAAGACAUCUCUCCAGUGAUCAGGUUUAUUAACGAAACUCUGAAGAGGAUUGACAUUAUACACCCUCCUUUGACUUCCAUAGAAACAAGAUAUUACUAUAGAAUACCAACAUAUGGCGUUGGCAAACUCCAAAACCAAUUCUUGAGGCCACUUAGUGCGGGAGCGUGGUUGAGUGUGUUACUUGUUGUGACAUUAUGCUCAAUUUUGUUGCUACUCUCGGCUAUUUUGGAACAACGAUCAUUCUCAGGGCAAUAUGCAGUAUUUUCGGUUAUUGCGUCGAUUUGUCAGCAAUAUUUCGAAGAUAAUGACGUUAAUACAAGAAGGAGAUCAUCAUUCGCUCGCGAAGUUACAAUAUUUAUAACUGGUAUCUUCUGCGUCCUCAUUUAUAACUACUACACGAGCAGCGUAGUCAGCUGGCUGCUAAAUGCUCCACCGCCUUCAAUUACUUCGCUGGAGGAACUGUUGGAGAGUCCUCUGGAGCUGAUCUUUGAGGAUAUUGGCUAUACAAGAUCUUGGUUGCAGACUCCUUCAUAUUACUGCAAUAAACGGAACGAAAAAGUAGAAGAUCUAUUACGCAAGAAGAAAGUAUUAAACAAAAAGCAAAGUUCCCCACUGUUGGAACCGGUUGAAAAAGGAAUAGCAAUGGUCAAAUCUGGAGGUUACGCUUACCAUAUGGAAGUGGAUAAUGCCAAUAGAUUGAUCUCUAAAUCUUUUACUCAAACGGAAUUGUGCGAACUUGGCUCCUUGCAGUCUAUGGAUAAAACCAAUUUAUACGCCUGUUUGCAGAAAGACAGCCCCUACAAAGAAUUCUUUGCAUGGAGUGUCGCUAGAUUGUUAGAACGCGGGAUAGUUUCAUGCAUACAACGGCGCACUCGUUCUCAAGAGGUGAAAUGUGAGGGUAGUUCACCCAGAGCCUUGGCAUUGGGUGGAGCUGCUCCUGCUUUCUUAUUACUGGCCUUUGGAUACUUGCUAGCUACUGUAAUAAUGUUGCUAGAAAGGCUUGUACAAAGAACAAAGGAACGAGUGGAGGUUGGGAAAUGGUUAAAUGGUGAAAAGAGAAAAUGUUAUUAA